AUGAUGGAGGAGGUAUGGGACCACACUGCGAAAUCAUUCAAAGACGCAGAUAAGAUGUCCUCCCCCAUACAGCUCAAGAUCCGUAAACCACAGAGAGGUCAAGAACCCAAACAUUCCGCUCACCUUCUUGAGAUUGGGACGUAUUCCGGAUACAGCGCUUUGGCCUGGUACGAAGGCACAAAAGCCAUCCAGGCAGAAAUCAUCACUUUGGAGCUCAGCCCAGAGAUGAUUGCGGCUGCACGAAGUGUUUUUGAUAAACACAAUGUCAACGACAGAGUGACCUUAAUUGAAGGUCCAGCAGCAGAAUCGCUCAAAACCUUGGAAGGGACUUUUGAUCUCAUUUUCGUGGAUGCCAACAAGGACGGUUACGAAAGCUAUGUCAACACCAUUCUCGACCGAAACCUCCUUUCACAGAACGGAUUGAUUAUGUGUGACAAUGUGUUCGCUCGAGGAAUGACGAUCUCGACAGCGUCCAAUCCGACCCUUCCUGAUAGCGUCCGCCCAUACUGGACGGAAUGUGGUAGGGCAUUAAGGCACUUCAACAAUGCCGUCAUCGAAGAUCCAAGGGUAGAUGUGGUGAUGCUGCCGGUAUUUGAUGGCUUGGUGUCUGCGGCAGACUUGUUGAUAUUAUCAAAUUCGGGUCUUAUAUUUGUCUGUCGUUAG